GUCGUGAAGAAGAAAAAGAAGAAGAAGUACAAGUUCAGGAGCUUCCUGAACUUUCUGUCAAGUUACAUGUAUUAAAUAUGUAGACGGAUGUAUUAUAUAUUUUUUGUUUUUUUUUUUCCUUCCCCCCCUCCCCUUCCUUUUGUGUGUGUAAAUGAAAGUGUCUCCUAAGCAAAGUGUUGUCAAUGAGCGCUCUCGCCUUUUGGAGGCCAGCCAGCUAGCUAGCUAGCUAGCUUGCUUGCUAGCUGCCAUCGCUCGCCCUCGUUUUUCGGUUUCUAUUUUGUGUCUUUUCCAAACGUCGUCGAGGCCGAAACACAUGAGCGUGUCCCUGGUGGUCAUCCGCCUGGAGGUAGCCGACCAGUCCCCAGCUCCGCAAGGCUUCCGAUACUCGGCCGCCGCGGGCGACAUGUCCACGGAGGAGCAGCGGCAGGACAAAUCUUUGGCCGUGGCCCGGCUGGCCCUGAGCGGCAAGACGGAGGCGGAGCGGAGCGCCGUGCUGCACCAGCACAUGGGCAGCAGAUCCAUGGGGGACGUCGUCAUCGAGACCUUUGAGCCCGGCCCAGACAAAGGCGGGGGCGACGAUCCGGAAGGUCGCCCGGAUCCCGAAGAUGAUGCCGCGGCUGCGGCGGCGUCUCCGGACUCGCCGUCCGAGCGGCUGCCGGAGCAAAUGUCCUUCUUCAGCGGGAACCCGUCGGUGGAGGUCGUGCACGGCAUCCUGCACCUCUACAAGACCGACAAGAUGACGUCCCUGACGGAGGACGUGGGGCGCAGCGCCAUGCUGUGCAUCCUGACGGUUCCCGCCGCCAUGACGAGUCACGACCUGAUGAAGCUGAUGGCGCCGUUCAACGACGUCAUGGAGCACAUGAAGAUCAUCCGGGACUCCACCCCCAACCAGUACAUGGUGCUCAUCAAGUUCAGCACGCAGGCGGACGCCGACAGCUUUUACUCGGCGUGUAACGGCCGGCGGUUCAACUCCAUCGAGGAGGCCGUGUGCCAGCUGGUCUACGUGGAGCGCGCCGAGGUCUUCAAGUCGGAGGAGGGCGCCGGUCUGCCGGUGAUGGACCUGACGGAACUCCCCAAGUGCACGGUGUGCCUGGAGCGCAUGGACGAGUCGGUCAACGGCAUCCUCACCACCUUGUGCAACCACAGCUUCCACAGUCAGUGUCUGCAACGCUGGGAGGACGCGUCGUGUCCCGUCUGCCGCUACUGUCAAACUCCCGAGCCGGUGGAGGAGAACAAAUGCUUCGAGUGCGGCGUGCAGGAGAACCUGUGGAUCUGCCUGAUCUGCGGUCACAUCGGCUGCGGCCGCUACGUCAGCCGCCACGCCUACAAACACUUUGAGGAGACGCAGCACACGUACGCCAUGCAGCUCACCAACCAUCGCGUCUGGGACUACGCCGGAGACAAUUACGUCCACCGGCUGGUGGCCAGCAAGACGGACGGCAAGAUGGUCCAGUACGAGUGCGAGGGCGACACCUGCCAGGCCGAGAAGAUCGACGCCCUGCAGCUGGAGUACUCGUACCUGCUGACCAGUCAGCUGGAGUCUCAGCGGGUCUACUGGGAGAACAAGAUCGCGCACCUGGAGAAGGAGACGGCGGAGGAGAUCAACAACAUGAAGGCCAAGUUUAAGGAGACUCUGGAGCGCUGUGACAACCUGGAACGCCGCCUGGGAGAAAUCAGCAAAGACAAACAGAGCAUGGAGAAAAAGUGCACGCAGCUGAGCGGCCGCAUGACCAAACUCAGCCAGGAGCUGACGGAGGAACAGGAAAUGAACAAAUGCCUGCGAGCCAAUCAGACGCAGCUGCAGACCCGAUUGGCCGACGAACAGCGCAGGGCCAAAGAGAGCGGCGAGCGCAAGGACCGGACGGUGGCCGAGCUGCAGGACCAACUGCGCGACGUCAUGUUCUACUUGGAGACGCAGCAGCGCAUCCGCGGCCUCCCCGACGAGACGCGCAGCGAAAUCCAGGAAGGCCAAAUCAACAUCGCGGCGGGACCCGCGGCCGACGACGACGCCGCCGCCGCCGCAAGAGGACGGCGGGGCCGCGGCAGGAAGAGGAAGUAAUCCCAUUUCAAGACUUUUUUUUUUUUUUUUUUUUUUUGGGGGGGGGGGGGGGCUGUAAAAUCAACACAGAAAUAUGACAAACCUUAUUUCGGAGCUUUUGAUUCCGUCGCACUCGACUGCUGCAAUGAAACACGCCGGGAGCCACUUUGACCUUCAGGAAUAGAUCGGAACACUUUUUUCCCCCCCAUUCCUGUCCCCAAAGAGCAAACGUUGUCCUUUUAAGGUGGUUUGAAAAAAAAAAAAAAAAACUUUAAUGCCGCAAAAUAAAAGACAUUGUAAAGGACAGCCGACACUAUUAAAUUCUCUUAAAAUCGA